AGAGCUGCUGCUCGAGCCGCUCCUGCAAACACGCGUAACCAGGCAACAGCAAGCAAACAUACAGUUCAAGUUCUGUCUGCUUCAGGAUUGUGAAGACUUCAUUCUGGAAAUAAGUGUUACGUUGUGGCUUUUCCUCGCUUAAUUGUCUCAUAAUGAACCCUCUGCCAUCCUCAGGCUCUGCCACAGCCGGCUACCGCUCAGCUAAAUACUCCCCAGCGGAGUGGUUCUCCAACUACCACAGCAUCCUUCAACAGGCCGCCACCAACCGCCGCGAAGCCGGCAGCAUCCAGCGGGAGUCCAAAGCUCUGUACCAGGACACUGAGGCGGCCACUUUGCAGACCCAGGCUGAGGGGACACGUCUUCUGGGGGAGAGACUGCAAGAGACCCACGACUGGAAAUCAGAGCUGCAACAGCACAUUCACCAGCUGCUGGCCGACACGGAGUCACUGUCGGCGCAGAAGACGAGGCUGGAGAAGGCGCUGUACGCCACCGAGAUUUCAUACGCCAUCGCCACAGACAACCUCAAAUGCAGGGCCAGGAGACCGGGACCGGACCUGGUCCGAGACGCUGUGGAGGAGGAGCUGCUGAAGGAAGUGGACUUGAUCAGGAGCGUCCAGGCUCUUCUGAAGAGGACUACGGCUGAAGUUGUCAGUCAGAUCGAGUUGCCGGUUCCAAAAUGAUCUGGAAGUGUAAGUUGUGCGCAGCUUCUUUCACCUCCAGAAUACAGUUAUUUAGACACUAUAGGCUGCAACAAGAUGAGACGGCUGGAUGUCAGGAGGUCACUGUUAAUGCUGGAAAAAGAAGUAGAAGUAAUCCUGAAAAUGAAUCUUCACAUUCCAACAUUAAAAGACCCAAGCGAGCCGAAGUCAACUUCCUACCCAACUUUCCCCAAGGAAAGGAUCCUUCAAUCCUUGAGCAGUUGAGGCAGACAAUUGUUGAAGAAGUCACGAAGACUGAGAAGAGCCUGCCCCUGAUUAGAAAGAUGAUGGAGACCACAUUUCCCCUACGCCGACAGACUAUAGUGAUGUCCUGCCCACCAGUGAACGAGCUCAUGAAGCUCUGGCCUGCUCUCAAAAUAGAGAAUGAGUUGUAUGCAGAGUUCCAGCGGAUUACGAAUCAGAACCUCUCCAACACAUUCUAUGCUGAGCUUGACCGCCAUCUUCCUCGACUGAUGACCUUAUUCAGACAGAAGGCAUCAAAAACUGUCUUCCAUUUGAAAUUUU